UUCAGCUCUCUCGGUGGGCGGGCUACGCGACGCGGAGGUUGGCGGGCUGCGAGUGGGGCGAUGUGGCGGGGUGGUCGCCUAGGACGUGGGGCGGCGCUGGGGCUGUUGCUAGCUGUCCACGGGGUGGCGGCGUUCGAGCCCAUCAGCGUGGGCAUCGCCAUCGGGGCCGCGUCGGCGCUCACCGGCUACCUGUCCUACACGGACCUGUACUGCCGCUUCGCCGAGUGCUGCCGCGAGGAGCAGCGGCUCAACGCGUCGGCCCUCAAGCUGGAAUUAGAGGAGAAGCUGUUCGGGCAGCAUCUGGCCACAGAGGUGAUUCUCAAGGCGCUGACUGGCUUCAAGAACAACAAAAAUCCCAAGAAACCGCUGACUCUUUCCUUACAUGGCUGGGCUGGCACGGGCAAGAAUUUUGUCAGCCAAAUUGUGGCUGAAAAUCUUCACUCAAAAGGCCUGAAGAGUAACUUUGUCCACCUGUUUGUCUCGACUCUGCACUUCCCUCACGAGCAGCAGAUAAAACUGUACCAGGACCAGUUACAAGGAUGGAUUCGGGGUAACGUGAGUGCGUGUGCGAGCUCUGUGUUCAUAUUUGACGAGAUGGACAAAUUGCAUCCCGGGGUCAUCGAUGCAAUCAAGCCAUUUCUAGACUACUACGAGGAGGUCGAUGGCGUGUCUUACCGGAAGGCCAUCUUCAUCUUUCUCAGCAAUGCUGGCGGGGACCUCAUAACUAAGAUUGCCCUUGACUUUUGGCGGGCGGGAAGAAAGAGGGAAGACAUUCAGCUGAAGGAUCUCGAACCCGUGCUUUCUGUCGGAGUCUUCAACAAUAAACACAGUGGCCUGUGGCACAGCGGACUGAUAGACAGAAACCUCAUCGAUUACUUUAUCCCCUUCCUCCCCCUGGAGUACAGACAUGUGAAGAUGUGUGUGCGGGCAGAGAUGAGGGCCCGCGGCUCUGCCAUCGAUGAGGACAUUGUCACCAGAGUAGCAGAGGAAAUGACUUUUUUCCCCAAAAGCGAGAAAAUCUACUCAGACAAGGGCUGCAAGACUGUGCAGUCACGGUUGGAUUUUCACUGACCUCUUACUCAAGUGGGGUGAGAGGCCGCUGCGAGCUCAGCAAGCGAGGGUCUUGCCUUCCGGAAGCACUUUGAAUCCCUCUUUGGGGUUUGCACUUUGCACCUGUGGACUUUCGGGAUGUAGAAGUUUCUAAGAGUUGAGUUUUGAACAGACACCCAUCUGUUGAGUGCCGUUGUCAUUUUGGACCUGAUAGCAAUCCAUCUGUUACCUGCGGUGGAAGAUGAACUUUUAACCACCCCCCCCAACUUGCUGACCUUGACAGAAGUGCCUUGCAGACAGCUGUGUGAGUGAGAUCCACAGCACCCACACCUCAGAAACUCCUGCUCUAACUCAGGGAGUUCAAGGGCCCUGCCGCAACCUGGGGAGCAUUUGGUUUGCACCUGCUGAAAACCUGUUUCUUUGCACAGAGAGUGUUCACUGGCUUCAAGAAUUUUCAGUUGAAAUCAGUGGCACUCUCAGGCACAGAGAAUGUCCGGUGGAGAGGUGGCCUGCACACGGAACAUUCUCAACCAGGUGACCUCUCUGCCUGUGGUGUGGGGUCUCCAUCCGAGGCCACUGCAGCAGACCAGGACCGACGGCCUCACAGUUUGUCCGUUGCUUUGGCUGGUCCUGUAAUUCCUUGGCCGUCUCUCAGUUGGUAUCGAUCUCAGCCUGCCUUGUACCACUUCUGCUCCUGAACUUCAGUCACCGCUAGAUUUGCCCCCAAUCACACAUCAUCAUGAGAGUCAAAUCAGAAUGAGGCCGUUGGUUUUGGAAUUUGAGCCCUUGUUUCCCACGGUGAAGUGUCUGUUAAAAUUUAUGCAUGAAUCAGUCUCUCACUUUAUUCCAGAGAAUCAUUUAAAAGCCAUAGGACAUGCUUAAGUCUCCAUGGACGCCACAUGCCAGAGUGGCCAGCUAGCAGAGUCUGCACUGCCAAAGAAGUGUAAGUAUUGGACACAGAAAUGCUAGAAUUUUCAAGGAUAUGUAUGUUUUUUAUGAUGUUUUUACUUGUGAAUCUUAGAUAAUAGAAAAAUAUAGGACAUGGCUUAUUUUAAAACCUGGGAAGGACACCAAAAAAUGGAAUAACUGCCUAUCCCUUUAUCACAAAUCUUAACAAAAACAGUAUGCAUUUUUAUUGUUCAGUCCGUGGCAAUAGCUGGUCACAGUUGUAGGUCAAACAAGGUCAGUGUGAAGCGGCUGGUCCCAGGUGUCCUCUGAUGAUGAGCACCCUCUAUGGCAGUGCCAGGCUGGACCGCCCUGGUCACUGGGAAGGAAGAUGGAUUCCAGCCCGUGUGAAUUGGUGUGUGUGUCACAGUGGCGACAUGACCACAGACACUUUAGAAGAACAGCUUGCAGUGUGUUCAUAUGGAAGAUGUAGAAGGAACAGCCUUAUGACAUAGGAGUGCCUUACAGAGGGUCACCUUUAGUCUUUUAAAAAUGCCAAGUUAAGGGGUGCUUGGGUGGCUCAGUGGGUUAAGCGUCUGCCUUCGGCUCAGGUCAUGAUCUCAGGGUCCUGGGAUCGAGUCCCGCAUUGCGCUCACCCUGCUUUGCAGGGAGCCUGCUUCUCCUCUCUCUCCUUGCUGCUUCCCCUACUUGUGCUCUCUCUCUCUCUCUCGAUUUUUGAUUUAAAAAAAAAAAAAAUGCCAAGUUAAGGCUUUAAAAUUUUUGGUACAUGUUCUCACAUUGGAGCCGAGUUAAAUUCUUUCAUAACCCCGUGUCUGGUCAGGGAGAGACAAGAUUUUCCCUGUUCACAGGGACGCCAAUUCACUCACCACGUGUGGGCCACCUUUGGACUUGUAACCUGAAGAGGCCACGGCUGACCACAGCCCAGCCUCCCUCCCCCCAUGUAAGAGACAAGAACUUGAAUUGACCUACUGAAUAUGAAAUAAAGCCUACAUUUUAUCAUGUGACCUAUCACUUGCAAAUCUUUAUUUUUUUUUUUUCUAGUUUAUUUGGUAACUCUGGAAAGUUUGAGCUUGGGAUAAAGGCUGUUCAACAGCUUGGGUGUCAGGUUUACGACACCCCAGACGUACUGGCGGGUCAUCUGCGUCAGACAGUUUGACCUUCAGGGCUGGUUCCCCCCACCAACACACACAUAGUUACACUGGAUUAGGUGAUGGGUUAUACGCCACAGUUCCACAGAUGAAAAUGCAGGAAGAGCUGGACUUCUUUUUAGCAAGUGUUUUCUCCUAAAAUUAACAUAGGAAGGAAAUUAAGGCAGUGGGAAAACAGGACUUCCUGCUGACAUUCUGCACCCGAGCAAGGCCGGGCUCAGCCUGAAACCAGAACUGGUACAGUGAAGUCCUCACUCGAGCGCACUCCACCUGGCCUCUCCUCUCUUGGUGAAUCCUUAACACCAACCCUCUCUCCAGGACUGAGGACAAGCCAGCUACUUUAGAGAAAGUUCAAACCCUCUUUGCCAGCGUCCCCACUCCCCCCAUUAAUUGAAGGUGCUCAAGUCCCGAGACAGGACUUUCCAGGUCUGUCCCCAGCCUUGUGCAAUUUCCGCUCUGCCCCGUACUGCCUCAUCUACCAAGGCUGAACUUGCCAACUUAAGUCAGGGAUUCCUGUGUUCCCUAAGUAGGGGCGCCCAGGUGCUGGGGCUGCCAUCUGAAAGUGAUUAGCUCCAUCUGUGACCCCUGGGGACAGGACGACAGGCCAACUUCUGCUCCACACCAAGAAUCUUCCAACACUUGGGGCGCCUGGGUGGCUCAGUUGGUGAAGCGUCUGCCUUCGGCUCAGGUCAUGAUCUCGGGGUCCUGGGCUCAAGCCCCGCAUCAGCCUCCCCGCUCAGUGCGGAGUCUGCUUCUCCCCCUCCUCUGACCCUCACCCCUUGCUCAUGCUCUCACUUGCUCGCUCUCAAAUGAAUAAAUAAAUCUUAAAAAAAAACCUCCCAACCCUUGCAGCCAUCCUUAGGAGGCCUGGACGCCCUUGAAGAGGCUCUCUGCAGGCCAGGUACAAGGCAGACGAGUCCUGUGGCAGCUGGGUGCCAGCUGGUCCUCCGGGCCUGCAAAAAAUGGGCCCUUGUGAGCACUUAGGUACCACCCCCUACAGGAGCCCCACCCACCUGCAGGCACGUAUGGGUGUCGGAAACACCAAGGUACGUCUAGUCUCCUACGGUGCUCUGUACUCCGGCCUGGCAUCUCAGCUGGGGUUGUCUCCCGAUUUGAACUCCAUGGCUGGGUGUCAGGAGCUCCAUGAAGCCCAGUGCAGCAGAGCAAAGAGCAAGAGCUCUCAGGAUCCUCAGAGUGCCUGCUUUAGACGUCACUCCAGCCUGCACUGCACCUCUUAGG